CAACCGUCACCGUCAAAAAAAUAAGCGCCAUUGAUAAUUGUUUGUGAUUCGCCACUACUGUUUACUUUUGUAAUUUGUCGAACCUGCGUGUCGUGUUGGUCUCAUAGAUUUGUUUUUAUGCCAAUUCCCUACAAGUCGUUCUCGUAAACAUGAAGAAGGCGAAUUUCAAAGUAGGCGAUAAAGUGUUCGCCAAAGUCAAGGGCUACCCCCCAUGGCCAGCUCACAUUGUCGGGGAAAACGGCAAAAAGUUCAAUGUGGAAUUUUACGGCACUGGCGAAACUGGUUCGAUUAAAAAAGAAGACCUAUUUUACUUCUUAAAGUACAAGGAAAAAUUGCAGAAACCCCUCAAGCGGAAAGAUUACAUCGAUGCGUUCGAGCAAAUAAACGAGGCCAUAGAGAACGAUGGAGGCGAUGGUGAUGAAUCGACUAAUACUAACGUCUCAACCCCAAACGUCUCCAUGAACAUAUCGAACGUCAGUAGCGUCGAGUCUGAGAAAGGUAAUGAAAAGAAAAAUGUCAAAAGGAAACGGUCGUUACCUCGAGACAACCAAAUCGAUUCUAGUACGCCUACGAAGAAAUCGGCGCGGCUCAGUAAAAUUCACGAAGAUGCUCAGAAGAUCGAGAAAGAAGAACCCGAAGAGGAAAAGAUGGAAUUGCCGGUGUCUCCGAAAAAAUCGCCCAAAACUCCGAAAGUCUUGAAACAGGUCGAGGAGCAAAAGGACGGUAAAGAGGAGAAGAAGCCCAAAGAGGGUAAAGCUGAUAAAAAAGAUAAAGUUGUUAAGAAAGUUAAAACGGGAAAAAAAGAUAAAGAAGAUAGUAAAAAUAAAGCGGAUGACGAAGGGAAACCGGAAGCUGAUGAAAAAGCUGAAGAAGGAGAUAAAGUAGAGGAAAAAGAUAAAGUAGAGGAAGUAGAUAAACCAGAUGAAAUAGAUGAAGCACAAGAUGUAGACAAGCCAGAUGAAGAAGAAGACGAGAAAGUAGAUGAAGAAAAAGAUGAUAAAGCAGUUCAAGAAGAUAAGGCAGAUAAAGAAGAUGUACUGGCUCCCGAAGUCGAUGAAGAGAAGAAGGAAGAGCCGAUACCAAAAGCUUCACCAAUUCAACCAGCUGUGGUUGAGACCGCUGCUAAGGAAGAAAAAACUGACGUGAAAACGAAUAAAAUUAAAAAAGAAAAAUUGGAGGAAAAGAUCAAGAUAGAUCUGGUAAUGGAAAGGGCCCUUAAAAAUAAUAUUGCUUAUGCCGAGCACGUCAGAAAAUCACAGAAAUUUUACAAAGAACGACCGAUCGAACCGAGACAAGACGACAGCAACCAAGUACUGCCGGUGAAACUGAAGUCCGGUAAAAUAGCCGGCAUUAAACUUCACCUAACGUGGCCUCUGAAAUUUCAAAACGAGUACGAUCGCGCCAUCUACGACGAAUCGGUGGCGAAGAGAGUGCUCGAAACGAAAGAGAAAAUUCUGAAAGCCGACGAGGAAAUCGACGAGAACGCGGAAGGGAUCGUACCGGACAUACAAAUGUCCGAGGACGGGGUGAUUCAAAUGACUUCGCUGAAGGAGGUCGAAGUUAAGAAAGCCCGCAUAGCUAGGCUGAAUUUAGAAGCCGAACUGUUGGGGCUGGAUGUUAAGAUAAAAAAUUGCUUAGCUCUCAAUAAGGCGGAUCCGAAAAUAGCUAUAGGCUAUCUAGAGGAGAUUUAUAAACUGGAAUUCGACGAUGUGGUGCUCAAGAAACACCUUCAUAUCGUCGAAAUGGUGAGAAGACUGAGAAAGUACGUUGGAAAUAUUAAAGAAUGGAAUCUGAGCAACGAUUCGUUGGCGGAGUUUUCAAAAGAGGCCAAAAAAGUUCGAGAAAUCGCCGAGAAAAUUUACGCCAAGUUCAAGAAAACCGUAAAAUUGCCCGAAAAUUGUUUGAGUUUCUUUGAUGGCUUUACAGAGUUGGUAAAUAAAUUCAAAGCGGAAUGCAAGGAAUUAGAAUUAACAGAGACUGAUAUAUUUGUCUUGAGUGCUGAACCCAGAUCUCGACAAGCUUUUUUAAGUAGACUUGAUGAAAAGGAAGCGGAAAAGGUUGCGACAAGUAAUCUCCUUUCAGCGCAAAAUAAUCUCGUGAAUGGGACGGCGGAAGCAGUUGAAGAUGGAAAUGCGACAUGAUUCAGAUUGGUCAAAGUACGCAAAGUUCUACGAUCCGAUCAAAAUAGGCUCGAUCGAUGGCACUGACGUGGAGCCCCAUGACAGGGCUAUCGAGAGGGCAGUGAAUUCAACGUAUGUGCCCAAUAGGCACGUCAAAGGCAAACCCAGCUGCACUCUUUUCGUUAGCAGACUCAAUCACAACGUAACCAAAGAGACCAUAAAAGAAAUAUUCUCGAAAUAUGGUAAACUGAAGCGAUUUCGAUUAGUCAAAGACAUCGUAACAGGUAUGCCUAAAGGGUACGCUUUUAUCGAGUACGAAGAAGAAAGUUCGGCUGAAGAAGCCUACAGGGAGGCUAAUAAGAUGAAUGUUGAGGGUAGCAUUAUUUUUGUGGAUUUCGAGUGUGAACGGUUGUUAAAAGGAUGGAAACCUCGAAGGCUGGGAGGAGGUUUUGGGGGCCAAAAAGAAUCUGGGCAAUUGAGGUUUGGUGGGCGAGACAGGCCUUUUAGAAAACCGAUUAGUUUGGAAUUGAGGGAAGAAGAGGAGAGACGAGAUAGGCAAAGAAGACUGGCGGCUAAAGAUGAAAGGGAGCGGGAUAGAAGACGAAGAAGAAGGCCCAGGUCUCCUAGAAGUAGAAGCUAAGGUAUUAUUAUAUUAAUAAUUUCGGUUCUGUAGUAAACUUUAUUUUGGUAAAUUCUACAAAACUAAUAAAGUAACAGCAGAAACAAAAUUGCAUAUUAAUAACAAAUUAACAUUAAAAAUUACCCCUACUUUUUACUGUAAAUAUAAAAUAAAUAAAUUUUUCUAAUGUAUAAAAAUAUAUUGAAUUAUUUUCAAGAUAAGUAAACUGCAAAUGUUAAUUAAGUUAAUCUUCCUUGUUUGUCGCCUUAGUUAAUUUAGUUUAAAUCGGCUGCUUUCUGGCUAAAAAUACAACUUUAAAACUACAACAAAAAUAUUUUUAUAAAAAAAAUAUACUUUCUAUGCAUAAUAAAAUAAUUAAUAAAAUUAAAGGUUCUACAAAAAUUUUAAAAGCGAAAUCAAUUCACAGCUUUACGAAUAUUUUACAAAUAUUGUAUUCUUUAGUGUAAAUCCUUUUCAUCUUUCUGAUCUCGACACUGAGAAAUAAAAUUAUUGAACGCAAUCAUGAGGGGUUUUUACGAAUAAAAUAAAUUAGCAUUUUCUAAAAUUAACUUGUAACGUGAACAAUUUGUUUUGAUUAAAAUAAUAAAAAUUCUUGUAAAUAAAUAAUGUUUAAAAUUAAAAUAAUAUUCUGAAAUGCUUCAUAAUCUAACAACUGCCCUCAAAACUUUUUCAUUAAAUUUUCGUCAACCUUUCUUUGAGGUUUAUACGCUUCUCUUCAAAUUUUUUACAAAAAUUAAAAUAACAAACAUAACUUUAAACAAAAAGAGUAACAGCAAUUUGAAUAAGUAUAGUUGAAUACGAGAUUUAUGUAAUAAAAUAUAAAAUAUUACAACAUGGAGAUAUAAUACUUAUGUCUAAUCCUAAAAUAACAGAACAACAAAUAAAAUUUUUGUGCAUAGUAUUGUAACUAAUCUAUAUUUCGGGAUUUAUCUCUCGAAUGGCAAGAAAAUCCUAUAUCCUAUUGUUUUCCUCCCCUAUAUAUACAGUUUUGGUAAACGUUUAGCAAAUUGGCAUCACCAUUCAACUAAAUGAUGAUGCCGAUUUUUAUCGAAACGUCUCACUAUACAAUACUAUACUGAUUUUUUUUAAUUUUAUUUAAACAAAUUGUAAAAUACUGACCAACGCUGUACAGCGACUUUUCUUUAAUCUAAAACCAAUUCAAUCACAUUAAUUUCCCAUUAUUGCACAACUUUUAAAUAUCGUAAAUUUAAAUUAAAUUAUUGAGUGUGGAUUUUAAAGAAUAUGAAUUUAUAAGUAAUUUGCAUCAUAUGUACUAUUCGAGUUCGUAUCUGUAAAUUAAGUGAGUCUCCAAGUAAUAUAUUCAUCAUAUAAGAGAAUAUCUUGCAGAGUUUCCAACUUCUUUUUCUAUCACUGAAUUUACAAAUAUCCUCAGAUAUUUUCACGUUUUUUUGCCUACUAUUCCAAAAACAAUCCAGCAAACACAGAAUUUGAUCCAACGAAUUGAUACAGGCCUUUCAUCGUUUCCGAUUUUCCCAGAUUUAAUUUCGUGUUCAUCUGACAAGGCACAUAGCAAACUCAAGUUAGUCAGUACUUUAAAACGAACGAAAAGUACAGAUUAUAAUAUAUCGUUUUUCUUUUCAAACAGGAUUGUCUAUGCUUUUAUUACUUGUUUAGUCUGGAGGUAGAUAGCUAAACAGUUUGAAUUUGUUUCUGAUGUGCGGCCGGACGUCUUCCUU